CUCGAGGUGGAUGAGGCUGAAACUUUCAAAGCUUCCGUUGGUUGAACAGCCUGAGGCAGCCAUUACCAGCCAGCCAAAGAAAGUGAAGCCUGUGGAGGAAGAGGGAUUGUACGACGUGCUUCUCGAGCAGCAUUAUAGCUGGGGGAAAGCAGGGGGCAAUUGUGAGCUCAGCUGUACUUUGCGUGAGGUCAGCGAGCGGGGGGCAAGAUGCAGGCUGUGGCGGGCACUUUGGGUGGUGCAGCUUGCCCACUCGCUGCUUGCAAACCCUCACAAGGCAGGGCGGCGCAGACAGGUUUGUCUCGCAAUGUAGGGUUGGUUGGGCAGGCUUUCCAGGGCCUGCGGAAGGCGAACGCCAUUGAUGGCAGAAAUGCUUCAGUCAAUGGGGCCGCACCACUCGCAGCACUUCCUGUUGUCGGCAGAGGCAGGAAGACGAUCACCAUGUUCGGUGGCAACGGCCUCUUCACCCAGACGCGCCCCGACGUCAGGCGUAUCGUCCCUGAGCCCCAGGUCGGCAAACCGACGGUCAAAAUUGUCUACGUCGUCCUGGAGGCCCAGUACCAGUCCUCCCUCUCAGCCGCAGUCAGGAACAUCAAUCGGAAGCGGGAUGACCUGGCCGUCGAGGUGGUCGGGUACUUGGUAGAGGAGCUGCGGGACCCUGAGAACUACGAGUCCUUCAAGAAGGACCUCUCGGAUGCCAACAUCUUCAUUGGCUCGCUCAUCUUCAUUGAGGAGCUUGCGGUGAAGAUCAGGGAGGCGGUUGAGGUGGAGCGGGAGAGGCUGGAUGCAGUCCUCGUGUUCCCGUCCAUGCCCGAAGUGAUGCGGCUGAACAAGCUGGGGACUUUCUCAAUGUCGCAGCUGGGGCAGUCCAAGAGCGCCAUCGCGCAGUUCAUGCGCAAGAAGCGCAAGGAGUCAGGGUCCGGCUUUGAGGAGGGGAUGCUCAAGCUCAUCAGGACGCUGCCCAAGGUCCUCAAGUACCUGCCGUCUGACAAGGCGCAGGACGCGCGCAACUUCAUGAUGAGCCUGCAGUUCUGGCUCGGCGGCUCUCCUGAGAACCUCGAGAACUUCCUGGUCAUGAUCGCGGGAGCGUACGUGCCGGAGCUCAAGAGCAGCAAGCUCCAGUUCGAGGACCCCGUGGUGUUCCUGGACACCGGCAUCUGGCACCCCCUCGCGCCGUGCAUGUACGACGAUGUCAAGGAGUACCUCAACUGGUACGAUACGCGCAAGGACCUCAAGGGCCUGCGCGAGACAAAGCCGAUCACCAUCGGGCUCAUCCUCCAGCGCAGCCAUCUCGUGACAGGUGACGAGGGCCACUACUCCGCGAUUGUGAUGGAGCUCGAGGCGCGCGGUGCGCGCGUGAUCCCCAUCUUUGCAGGCGGGCUCGACUUCUCUGGCCCCGUCGACCGCUUCUACUACGACCCCAUCACGCAGAAGCCGAUGGUGGACUCAGUGGUGUCGCUCACCGGGUUUGCGCUUGUCGGGGGGCCUGCCAGCCAGGACCAUCCCAAGGCGAUUGAGUCGCUUACAAAGCUGGACGUCCCGUACAUGGUUGCUCUCCCCCUGGUGUUUCAGACCACGGAGGAGUGGCUCGACAGCAGCUUGGGGCUGCACCCUGUCCAGGUGGCGCUCCAGGUGGCGCUGCCUGAGCUGGACGGCGGGCUUGAGCCAAUUGUCUUCUCAGGGAGGGACAGCAGGACAGGCAAGUCUCACGCUCUGUAUGACCGUGUGGAGUCCGUCUGCACUCGCGCCAUCAAGUGGGGCAACCUGAAGAGGAAGGCCAAGGCUGACAAGAAGCUGGCUGUGACGGUGUUCAGCUUCCCCCCCGACAAGGGCAACGUUGGCACAGCCGCGUACCUCAACGUGUUUGGCUCCAUCCACAGCGUGCUCAAGGAGCUCCAGGCAGAUGGGUACAAUGUUGGCGAGCUGCCAGAGAAUCCGGAAGCGCUUAUGGAGGAGAUCCUGCAUGACAGGGAGGCCAAGUACAACAGCCCCGACCUCAACAUCGCGUACAAGAUGUCUGUGCGUGAGUACCAGAAGCUGACCCCCUACGCUGAGGCCCUGGAGGAGAACUGGGGCAAGCCCCCCGGCCACCUCAACACUGACGGACAGAACUUGCUGGUCUACGGCAAGGUCUUCGGGAACAUCUUCAUUGGUGUGCAGCCGACAUUUGGAUACGAGGGCGAUCCGAUGCGGCUGCUCUUCUCCAAGAGCGCUAGCCCCCAUCACGGGUUUGCGGCGUACUACACAUACCUGGAGAAGAUCUUCGACGCCGAUGCGGUGCUGCAUUUCGGCACGCAUGGGUCCCUGGAGUUCAUGCCUGGCAAGCAGGUGGGCAUGAGUGAGGACUGCUACCCCGACAGCCUGAUCGGCUCCAUCCCCAACAUCUACUACUACGCCGCCAACAACCCCUCCGAGGCCACGAUCGCCAAGCGCCGCUCGUACGCCAACACGAUCAGCUACCUCACCCCCCCCGCCGAGAACGCCGGCCUCUACAAGGGCCUCAAGCAGCUCUCCGAGCUCAUCGCCUCGUACCAGUCCCUCAAGGACACCGGUCGCGGUCAGCAGAUUGUUGCAACGAUCAUCUCCACUGCGAAGCAGUGCAAUCUCGACAAGGACGUCGAGCUUCCGGAGGAGGACGCCGAGCUGGAGAGCGAGGAGCGGGACACGGUCGUCGGGCGGGUGUACCAGAAGCUGAUGGAGAUCGAGAGCCGGCUGUUGCCGUGCGGGCUGCACGUGAUCGGGGAGCCCCCGAGCGCGCAGGAGGCGGUCGCGACGCUGGUGAACAUUGCGGGGCUGGACCGGCCCGAGGAGGAGAUCUUUGGGAUGCCGGGGAUCUUGGCGGAGGCCGUCGGGCGGGACAUUGAGGAUGUGUACAGGAGCAGCGACAAGGGCAAUUUGGCGGACGUGCAGCUGUUGCAGGACAUCACGCUUGCGUCCCGUAACGCGGUCGGCGCUUUCGUCGACACGACGGUCAACAGCAAGGGCCAGGUGGUCAAUGUGGUGGAUCAGUUGGGCGCGAUCUUUGGGCGCAAGAAGGAGCCGUGGGUCGAGGCGCUCGCCAAGACCGAGUUCAAGAACGCCAACAAGGAGAAGAUGAAGACGCUGUUCGACUUCCUGGCUUUCUGCCUCAAGCAGGUCGUUGCCGACAACGAGCUCGGCGGGCUGAAGCAGGCGCUCGAAGGGCGGUACGUGCAGCCCGGCCCGGGAGGCGACCCGAUCCGGAACCCGAAGGUGCUCCCGACCGGAAAGAACAUCCACGCGCUAGACCCGUCUUCGAUCCCCACUCAGGCCGCCCUGCAGAGCGCCAAGGUGGUGGUGGAGCGGCUGCUGCUGCGGCAAAAGGCGGAGAACGACGGCAAGUGGCCCGAGACCGUCGCGCUCGUGCUGUGGGGGACGGACAACAUCAAGACGUAUGGGGAGUCGCUCGCGCAGGUGUUGUGGAUGGUGGGUGUAAAGCCCGUGCCCGACGCGCUGGGCCGUGUGAACAAGGUGGAGCCGGUGUCCCUGGAGGAGCUCGGCCGGCCCCGCGUUGACGUCGUGGUCAACUGCUCGGGAGUGUUCCGGGACCUGUUCAUCAACCAGAUGAACUUGCUGGACCGCGCGGUGAAGAUGGUUGCGGAGCUGGACGAGCCCCUGGAGAUGAACUUCGUGCGCAAGCACGCGCUGGAGCAGGCGGAGGAGCUCAACUGCACCCUGCGCGAGGCUGCGACGCGCGUCUUCUCCAACGCGUCCGGCUCCUACUCGUCGAAUGUCAACCUAGCGGUGGAGAACAGCUCGUGGAACGACGAGAAGCAGCUGCAGGACAUGUACCUGAGCCGCAAGUCGUUUGCGUUCAACUCCGACGCCCCCGGGAGCGGCAUGAUGGAGAGCCGCGCCAUCUUCGAGAAGUCGCUCGCGACCGCUGACGCCACGUUCCAGAACCUGGACAGCUCCGAGAUCAGCCUGACUGACGUCAGCCACUACUUCGACUCGGACCCGACCAAGCUGGUGCAGGGCCUGCGCAAGGACGGCAAGAAGCCCAACUCUUACAUCGCAGACACCACCACCGCCAACGCACAGGUCCGGUCCCUGUCCGAGACGGUCCGGCUGGACGCGCGCACCAAGAUGCUGAACCCCAAGUGGUACGAGGGCAUGCUGUCCAGCGGAUACGAGGGCGUCAGGGAAAUCGAGAAGCGGCUGACCAACACGAUGGGAUGGAGUGCCACCAGCGGCACCGUCGACAACUGGGUGUACGAGGAGGCCAACGACACGUUCAUCAACGACCCCGAAAUGCAGAAGCGGCUGCUAGAAACGAACCCGAACAGCUUUAGAAAGCUGGUGUCGACCUUCCUAGAGGCCAACGGGCGAGGCUACUGGGACACUAGCGAGGAGAACCUCGACAAGUUGCGGCAGUUGUACGCCGAUGUUGAGGAUAGGAUCGAGGGUGUUGACAAGUAGUGUUGCGUAGACAGCAGCUCAUUUGUUCGCGUUGCCUGGGGAUGUCAACGGGGGAGGGGAAUAAGAAAGCAAGUUUCGUAAAAAGACGAUCAGCCAUAGGUAGGAACGUUGUCAAUUGGAGACAGUGGGUUGCAUUCAGGUGGAUGCCGCCAUUUUUGACCAGAUCUGGAAGGAAUCAAUCAGUUUCUUGUCAGCGUUGGGUGCGUCCUCUCACCCGUGAAUGGGAUUUUGGUGUACACCGAUGUUGAUGUUCCUAUGCCCACUUUAAGUUUCAAGAAAGGAGCAAUCUCG